AGUGACAACGCCUUACUUCCCGGACUCGUUCAGAGGGAGUUCACACUGAAAGAGAUGGCCGACCAGACACUGGCAUCGCUGGACAAGUUGGCCGAUAGUUUGCCCGAACAUACGGUUCCCUACGAAUGGUUGAGCGACCAAUUCAGACAAAUUGGUCUCGAAGUGUAUUCACAUAAUUUCACAUUCAAUUAUCCCUUCGCUUCCAAACCCAGAUAUGAGGGGAAGAAUAUUUACGCCAUUCUCAGAAGCGGUCGGACGGCCAGCACUGAAGCCCUGGUCCUAUCGGCGCCAUAUCGGACAAAACUGAGUCCCCAUUCCUCGACUUUGCCGGGCAUUGCGCUUAUGAUAGCGCUCUCCAAAUACUUCUUACGUCAGACCUAUUGGGCGAAAGAUAUCAUAUUCUUGAUCAGUGAAUACGAGUUGAUAGGAAUGCAGUCAUGGCUUAACGCCUACCAUAACAUCGAUACGACUCCAGUCUUAGAUCACGGCAUACUUGAGUCCCGUUCGGGUCCUAUUCAGGCCGCGAUUAAUCUUGAGAUUCAUUCAUCGGUUUCAAGUCAUUUGGAUAUAAAGAUUGAGGGAUUGAACGGACAGUUACCUAAUCUGGACUUAUUUAACGUUGCGGUCGAGUUGUGCACCAGAGAGUCAGUGUCGGCCACUUUUCACGGCCGCUCACAACCCAUCGAAACCGACGAUUUCGAGUUAUGGAAAGAGUACGCGACGACCACCGCUUCAAUGAUGAUAUCGCAGGGCAUAGCUUUGCCCACAGGAGCCCACGGACUCUUCCAACGCUUCGCUAUACAGGCCAUCACUUUGGAGGCCUCAGAAGUGGACCCAAAAAGGGAGACCCAUUUGAGAACAUCACUCCUUCAAAUGGGACGAGUAAUUGAAGGCAUAUUCCGGAGUCUAAACAAUCUGUUGGAGCGCUUCAACCGAUCGUAUUAUUUCUAUUUAUUGCCCUCAACUCGUCGUUACAUAUCUAUCGGUUAUUACAUGAUUCCGUUUGGUUUGUUGGCCGCACCCCUUGUACUCAAUGCUCUCUACUUAUACCUCAAGUCUACAGAACAGAGUCCAGAGAGCAGUGGAAACCUAUGGAACUCUAUUCCAACCACUUUUGUUUGUCACGCUUUGGGGCUUUUGGCACUUUUGGUGCCAAUAUUUGUUGAAAAAUAUCCAAAUUUAGUGCCCGAAUACGAAACGCAUGAUAUUAUUUAUUACACGUUAUUAAGCAUUUCUGUUGUAUACAUAAUGAACCCAUUAUUGAGAGGCAAUCAAUUGAACCGCAAUUCACGCAAAUGUGUGGCUCUUCUAAACACGGCUUUAUUGAUGUGUUGUAUAUCUCUCGUCAAUAUAUCACUCGCCUUCUCGUUAACUCUUGUUUACGUUCCGAUCGCAUGUAUAUCAGUCUAUUCCUUGCAUCCCUACCCUAUGAACAUAUCGUCAGCCAACAUGUUUGGCAUCGGAGUCCCGAACCAGUUUAAACACUAG